AUUUCCAAUCCGAAUCUUCAUCCUUCUCCAUUUUCAACCACUUCAUCAACCCUAACCCUAACUUCCUCCUUCUCACUUCCCUUCUUUCAAUGUAGUUGUUAUAUUUGUGUCUCAGCUGAACGCUUCUGGAUUUCCAUUUUGCUGCAGAACAUUUGAUAGCCAAGCAAUGUGUUGAUUUGUGGACUAGAAAGUUUUAGCUAUGGCAGAGUAUGCACCUUCAACAUCGUGUGUUAAGUUGCAUAUGUGGACUACUUGUGUCAGAGAGAAGAGCUAUUUAAUCCGAGAUUCACAUUUUAGGACGUCACAGAGGUCUCCUCUUUGCUUCAUUUUGAACUCCCGUCUCUCUGACGUUAUAUGGUGGAUUUUGAUUUUUGGUUGAAUUAGAAAUAGGAGUAAUUCAACUGGCCAAAUGCCUAGUGAUCGUUUGCAACAUUUGGUUGUUUGGUAUUACUAGCAUUGUUAAAUGACAUGGGCUUUCGUUUUGGUGGAAAUCUAAAUUACCUAAAAAAGCGAAAAUCUAAUUCUACAUCUGAUUGGCCCUGUUGAGAUCAACUUGUUUGUUUUCUUGGAAUCCCAAUGAUCACACAUCACCGAGGAGAAAAUAUUCCUGUGGCAGUUGUAAAGUUGUCAAGCUCCCUUUUUGGAAAACUUCCAGCACUGGACUCUCAAAUUUGAAACCAAGUCGUUGUAAAAGGGAAAUUUCCUCGAGGUGUAGUUGCUUGGGAGCUCUGGUGGACCCUGAUGGUGCAACUGCAUCUGGUUUGGUUUCUAUUAGCGACCAGUUGCUUCUGAUGGCCAGCAUAGCUCUUACAUAUAUGGCCGGCGUAAUUCCUACUGAUAGGCCCAAUUUGAAUUCUUGGAGGAAUAUGGCAGAUGACAAUGUGGUCCAUGAAACUGCAGCUUCUUCUGGUAGUGCUAAGAAGAAUCAAGACCAUGCUAACGUAAAAUAUGCUUGGGAUUCAGUAAAGGAAAAACUCUUGGAUGCUCUUCAUUCUAUAGAACACAAAAGCAAUAUAGGAAACAGAAUCCGUGAAAUUGAGCAGCAGCGAGCAAAACAACCCUUAAGUUUGUAUGCUAUAUCCGAGGGUCCCAAGUUUCGACUACUUUGGGCUUCUUUUAAACAACUUGAGGAUGAGGUGAAUACCAUUUUUGGCGAUUGUGAGGAUUUUAAUUUGGAUGAUUGGCCGACUGUUUUUCCUGAAAUUAUUCUAAAAUCUUGUAACUGUAUUUGCAUGGCUUGGCUAGUAGAGGAACUUCGUCUUGAAAACAAGAAACUGGAUAAGGAACUUCUCUCUUUAAUUAUUCAGAAGUUAAAAGGAGAUGAAACUGUUUUACAGACUAUAAGAAAGUCAGGCAAGGAAGGUCUUUAUGGAGAAUUAUUGUACUUUCUUAGAUUUGGUUCUCUCAGCAGGAAGAAUUGCUGUUACAACCAGGUUUUGUUUACUUUGCAUGGAGAUUCUAUAUUGGAAGAUUUGGUAAUAACUUUAGCAGAUGGCAUUGCCAGUAUGUAUUUGGAGCUUAUUUCUGUUGAUGGUAAUUUGACAAAUGAAAUGAACAACCUGGGAAUGAUCAUGUGUAGUUUGUCAACCCGAGCACUCCAGAGAUUGCGAAAUGAGGUGGCUUUAAAUCAAUGGUUGUAUCAAAAUGUGGAGGCAGUUGUUUCAAUGUAUGAGGAUCGAUUUGAUCUAUGCACUCUACAGUCGAUGAUAAUUGAGGAAACAAGCCAGAAUCAGACUGGAAAUCCUAGUUGGUGGAAGAAUCUUACUCGGAGAAAAUCUGGAAUGAUGCCAUCUUCAUUCUGUUAUGUUGUCAUAAGCCAGUUUCCGAUUUCUGUAAAACGGACCAAGGAAUUAAAGGCUUUGACAGGGUGGAGAUACUACUUUAGUCUAUACCUUGAGUUAUCAGAUAUUUCCAUGCCACUGAUUAGAGCUGUCAUUGACAAAGUUGGCAGUGCAGUAUCAUUCUUUCUACGUACCUUGAUUGGCAGAUCAUUAGGACUCAUCUACACUGGAAUUAGGCAGUCCCUGCGAUGGAAGUGAGAUGUCAUGGAGGAACUUCUUAUUAUGCAUUGGUCAAUUCAUGGUGUCCACGUCUUUUUGUAAAGAUGGUUUCCCACUUUGAUACUGCCACUUUUUUACUGUCCUGGUUACGAGGAAUGAUGUUAUUUGGAGUUCUUGGGGUCAUCAAGCAAGUUCUAUUAGCUCCGGUGAAUACCUUGCUUGGAGUUUUCCUACAACUGUUUUCUUAUUGCAAAGUUUAAUGUUUUUAUGCGCAGUUUUAAUUUUGAACCCUUAGCCUUUGCCAGGGAUUGUUCUUAGCGUCACUUAUAAAAGUGGUUCCUUGAGUAGACAAGAAAAUGUGACCCAGGUGGAGAAAAGUCAUGGGGGACUAUUAGUGUACUGUCCUUCAAUUGCAAUAAGGGAUUAAAUUUACUUGUUGAAAAGAGGAAAAAAGAAUUCAUGUUUGAAGGGCUAUAGUGAUGAAGCAUGGCUAUCCAGACCCAAGAAAAGAAAAGAAAAGCUUAAAUUCCGUUUUUAAUAAUGAUGCACAUUUCUUCACUAUCCAA